GCGGCGGGCGGAAGCGAGCGCGGAAGCGAGCGCGGAAGCGGGGCGCGCGGGCCGGUGCGGCCGCGCUCGGGGCCGGCGAUGCUGUCGCUGGACUUUCUGGACGAUGUCCGGCGCAUGAACAAGCGGCAGCUCUACUACCAGGUGUUGAAUUUCGGCAUGAUCGUGUCGUCCGCCCUCAUGAUCUGGAAGGGGCUGAUGGUGGUGACGGGCAGCGAGAGCCCCAUCGUGGUGGUGCUGAGUGGCAGCAUGGAGCCUGCGUUUCACAGAGGAGAUCUCCUGUUCCUCACAAAUCGAAUUGAAGAUCCAAUCAGAGUGGGAGAAAUCGUGGUCUUUAGGAUAGAAGGAAGGGAAAUUCCUAUAGUCCAUCGUGUCCUGAAAAUUCAUGAGAAGCAAAAUGGUGACAUCAAAUUUCUGACAAAGGGAGACAAUAAUGCUGUUGAUGACAGAGGGCUGUACAAACGAGGGCAGCACUGGUUGGAGAAAAAGGAUGUAGUAGGACGAGCAAGAGGAUUUGUGCCCUAUAUUGGAAUAGUGACUAUCUUAAUGAAUGAUUAUCCAAAAUUUAAGUAUGCAGUCCUUUUUUUCCUGGGUCUGUUUGUGCUGGUCCAUCGAGAGUAGCCUCUUGAACUGAAGUAUGAGGUGAAGGUGCCAUAGAUUUUUUUUUAGAACUAUGAAAGAUGAACGUUUGAAGUAGAUGGUGGUCUCAUGUGCCAGGAGGAAGAAGAAGUCCAUCCAAGAAUUUCAGAGCUUCUUGGGUUUGUUUUGUUUUUUUACUGCGUAAGGGGAAACGUUUGUCACAGUAUUUCCAAUGGUUUGUCACAUUUUAGCAUUUUUAGUGAAUUUUUAUAUUAAAAAUUUAAGCCAAA